AUGGAGAACUCAACAGAGAGUUUGUCAUUUGUGUUGGCUAUGUAUGGUGACACAGGACAGUUAAAGUACCUGUACUUUACUCUGGCUGUGAUAUUUUACAUAUCAGUGAUUGUUGCAAACUCUGUGCUUAUUAUCGUUAUUUAUACAGACAAAAAUCUCCAUGAACCUAUGUAUUUAUUCUUGUGUAGUUUAUUUGUUAAUGAAAUAUACGGCAGCACAUCUUUGCUGCCCUGCUUUAUGGUGCAUAUAUUGUCAGACACACAUGGCAUUUCUGCCUCCUUCUGCUUCAUUCAAAUAUUUAACAUUCAUUCAUAUGGAGCUAUUGAAUUUGGAACAUUAACAAUUAUGGCACAUGACAGAUAUGUAUGCAUUUGUAAACCUUUACAUUACAACAGCAUAAUUACAAAAAGGAAAGUACAAAUUGUCAUAUCAUUUAUCUGGAUAUUUUGUUUUGUGGAGAUUGGAGUUUUAUUGUCUUUUACUAUUCGUUUAAAUUUUUGUGGGACUGUUAUCAACAAAGUUUUCUGUGUACAUCACUUAGUUGUUGACCUUUCUUGUUCAUCAGACAGAACAGUGUCACUCGUUCAUGAUGUGUUUUUUGGUCUUAUUUUCUCUGUCGUUGGUCCUGUCAGUUAUAUUUCAUACAGUUACGUCAAUAUUUUUUCAGUGUGUUUAAAAGGUUCCAAAGAGACCAGAAUGAAGGCUUUAGAAACCUGCACUCCACAUUUCGUUUCACUCACUAGCUUUGUGUUUGCCUGUUUUUAUAGUAUGAUCAGUCAGAGAUUUGACGCGUCCACAGUGCCGUACCCUCUCUGUGUUUUCUUGUCUACGUAUGCGAUGGUCAUUCAGCCUCUUCUUAAUCCUGUAAUUUAUGGUCUCAAACUGUCAAAAAUUAAACAUGCUUGUAAAAAUGUGUUGACAUUAAAAACAUCACAACUCUACAUUUUUCCUGAAGCUUAUUUAAAUUCCACAGAAGCAACACUGGGCCAUGCUGCACAAACAACUCUGGACUGGGCUAUGCCGGUGUGGAGCAAGCCGGCUGAAGAUUGGGAAAACAAACAUUUGGAACUGGAGGGAUGUGAAGAGGAGGAAAGAGGGAUGGAGUGA